UGCAUACAACGUCGAUGAUAGUUUUGAUUUCGGAUGACGAAAAGUAAAGUUGGAAAACGUCGAUUAGAUAAAUAUUAUCAUUUAGCAAAAGAACAAGGCUAUCGUUCAAGAGCCGCAUUUAAACUUAUACAACUGAAUAGAAAAUAUGACUUGUUGGGUUCAGCUCGAGCUGUAGUGGAUUUGUGUGCAGCUCCAGGAGGUUGGCUUCAGGUUGCUCGUAAAGAAACUCCCAUUGCUUGCGUUUGUGUCGGAGUUGAUAUCGUUCCCAUUCGUCCUAUACCAGGAACUACUUGUCUGACACAUGAUAUUACUAAAGAAAGCUGUAUUGGUGCUAUAAGAAAAGCACUCGAGGGCACUAGACCGGAUGUGAUAUUAUGUGAUGGCUCGCCAAGUAUGGGAACAGCGUGGUUACAGGACGCUUAUACACAAUCAGAGUUGACGUUGGCUGCUCUCCGAUUAUCCGUUUCGCUACUUAGUCCUAAUGGCUCUUUCGUUGCAAAAGUGUUUCGUUCCAGUGAAUACACUUCACUUUUGUAUGUAAUGAAUCAACUAUUUGGUAAAGUGUUUUCUACAAAGCCACAAGCUUCCAGAGCAGAGUCGGCUGAAAUUUAUGUCAUUUGUACCAAGUUCAAAGAUAUGAAAAAAAUUGAUCAAAAACUGUUGGAUCCUCGAACCGUCUUUAAGGAACAAGAUGAACAAUCAAAGACCAAGAAAAGCAACCGACUCAUAUUUCCUCAUCAAAAAAAACGAAACAGACUUGGAUAUGAUGAAGAAAAUGGUACAAAUCUCUUUCGUAAAUGUUCUGUUUUGGAUUUCAUCAAAAGUUCCCAGCCCAUUCAUAUUCUGAACAACACUCAUGUUUUAGAAUUUGGUGAAGAGGGGCAAGCUCAGUAUAUAAAGUCAUUAGCUAUUACUAGUGCAGACGUAUUAGAGAAUUGCAAAGAUUUACAGGUAUUAGGACCCAAGGACCAACGAAGAUUGUUGCAUUGGAGAAAAGCCGUGUUGAAGGAAUUGGACAAGAAUAAAAAGUCUCCGGAAGAGUCCAACGAAGAAGAAAAUCUUCCUAGGGAUGAAGAUUCUACAGUGUCUUCAGAUUUCGAUAUAGAAAAAAAGCAAAUAAGCAAGCAAGAAAAGGAUUCUCUUCGUAAGCAGAAGAAGGCUUUGUUGAAGUUAAGCAAACGUCAAAAGCGAAUGUUGGAAACUGGUGAACUCUAUUCUUCUAAUCUUGCUGACUCUAUGACUGAAAGUAAUUUGUUCUCUUUGCCCAAUUUGACUCAUUCUUUGGAGAAUCUGGCAGAAGAAGACUUGAAAGUUAGGGAUAAUGAUGAAACAGAAGAGAUUCAAAAAGAUAAUAAGAAAGAAAAAUACGUUUCCUAUUCUGGAGAGGAUUAUCUCUCUUAUUUGAAUGAAGAAGUCGAUCAAUGGCAUCAACAGCGUUUAGAAAAACGGAAGGAUUCUUCAACACUAGAAUCAGUGAAUGUAGUCAAAGACGCAAAUACUUCAAAUACCGAACAUAUCACGAAUCGAUGGUAUUCACAUCCAUUAUUUACGGACGAGCUGACAGGUGAAGAAGGUCAAUCGAAUGCUCUGGAUAAAAGGGAAAAUUCUUACAAGCAAAGUAAACAAGAUGUUCAUGAAGACGAUGAAACCAGUUCCUCAUCCGAAUCGAGUGACGAGGAAGAAGACGAACUAAGUAUGGAUGACAAGGCAAGAGCUUUGGCUUUAGCUUCUAAUAUGAUUAGGAAGAAAUCUCGACAGGAGUUGAUGGACGAUGCUUGGAAUCGUCAUGUAUUUGAUGACGAAUAUGCUCCAAAAUGGUUUUUGGAGGAAGAGAAGAAAUAUAGACGAGCAUCUUUAGUAACAUCCGAAGAAAGAGUUGAAGAGAUAAAGGCAGCGUUGGAAGGAAGAUAUGCUCAAUAUCUUAAUAAGAAAGAGCAAGAAGCUUUGUGGAGAAAGAAGAGAAAAGAGUCUCGCAAGUUGCGUCGUUUAGAUGCAGAAAUUGAAAGAGUUCAGUCGCAAACGGAACUUUCGAAAGAAGAAAAAGAUAAGUCUAUUCAGAAUAUACUUAAAAGAGUCCGUAAAAACAAGAAGAAUAAGAGACAAGUAGCAUAUGCAGUUUUGCGUCCGGGAGGUGGUAAAAUGAUUGUGAGUAAGAAUAGAAAAGUUCCCAAAGGAGCCAAAAUAAAGUAUGUCGAUAGAAGAAUGAAAAAAGAUAAUAGGAAAGUGAAAAAGAAGAAAUAAAAAUGAAGUUAUCUUUGUCUUUUAAGCUGUGAGUUGAGAGAGAGAGCAACAAUCGCUUCUUAUGACGCAUUUCUUUUUCCAAUU